AGCCGUUCGCACGUUUUUCGCGGAGGAUCACCUCGCUGCCUGGCGACCACAGUUUCAUUCAAGUGUGAACCUUUACUAUACCGUUGUCAAAAGCCAAUCGAGUCUCAGCCUUCUGGUCGUUUAUCUGACCUCUGACCCCAGGCGGUGCGUCUUUAUUUAGUUGAUAUGUGCUCGCUGUUGUUCACGUGUUCACUUCGCCGACUUAAGCUAGUGAACGCUUGUGUGUGUGUGCACGGCUUUACCUGAUCAGUGAUACGUGAUAUCUCCUCACAUACAUCCCUCUCAUUGUCUAGUGGCCCAGGCUUUUACGGGUGCAAAGGACGGAAACUCCAUUCCCCACCCCUUGGAAAUUUAUAUAGAUAUUUUAUUUAUUCCUCGCACUCGUCUUUUUGUUCCCGUUUUCCAUUCUCAUUGCUAAACAGUUAGACUCCCGGAGCUCCCUUUUCAAGGGUGCCUUCCAUGAAUUGAAAUCGCUCGGCACCAGAUUAAACAGCUGCAUGAGCAGACUUUUCGUUCAAGCGGAACUGUUUUGAGGCCUGGCCUGCACCCUUGUUCGGUCUCUUACCUUCGAUCUCGCCAGGACUGAACACCUUUGAAAGGGGCUGUGGAGCAGACGACAUCGACUGCAGCGCAAGCUCGUUAGAAAAGAAGGUUGGAGGGACUACAAUAGAAACACAACGUGACAGCAGCCUGAGGUGGAGUCCCGCUACGUAGCUCACCUACCUUCGCACAUUCCUCCACCUGACAAACCAGCCAUCGAUUCGCACACGCAAACUGGUGAGAAGUCAGGCGCUGGGUGGAAUAACGACACGACAAAAAAAGAGGGUGGGAGUCAGAAAACCAACAACCAGAAGAGAAGAAAGGAAGUUCCGUUCUCAAAAUCUUAUUUUCGCCAACCCAGCAGGUGUCGACGUGGUGACUUUUCUUGUGUUGAUCAAUCGCGAUUUUUUUUUUUUUUUUUAGUUUUGCGAUCGGUCUUGUCGCUGGGUGGACAGGUAGGCGGCUGGCAAAGAGGCGGGGUGGAGCCGGGUGGCGUGCUCUGUCUGCGGCCUGCACCGCCAGCGUCUCUCUCGUCUCCUUGCGAGCCGAGGUGGUGGUGGGAGACUCUGCAGACCAGAAGAGGAAGCCAGACGAGAGAAGCCGAGGAGGCUGAGGCAAUUUACUGACGAGAGGCGGCGGCACAGCAUGUAUGGUUUUGUGAAUUACGCCUUGGAGUUGCUGGUUCUCCGGAACUUUGGAGAGGAAGCAUGGGAGAAAAUCAAGGAGGAAGCCGCGUUGGAGAUGGAGGGACACUUUUUGGUCCGACUGGUCUAUGAUGAUGCCCUCUCCUAUGAUCUGGUUGGAGCAGCAUCCAAAAUUCUUAAGGUUCCUGCUAGUGACAUCCUAGAACUGUUUGGUCAGAUGUUCUUUGACUACUGCAAGGAAUCGGGUUAUGACAAAAUUCUCCAGGUUCUUGGCUCCACCACCAGAGACUUCUUGCAGAACCUCGAUGCUCUGCAUGAUCACCUAUCCAGUAUUUAUCCGGGCAUGCGCGCUCCCUCCUUCCGGUGCUCGGAACGCGAGGAGGAUGGAGCGACGAUCCUGCAUUACUACUCGGAUCGUCCUGGCCUUGAACACAUCGUCAUCGGCAUCGUCAAGGCCGUCGCCAAGGAGCUGCACAGCGCAGAGGUUCACGUGGAGGUCAUCCAAUCCAAGACAGACGACUGCGAUCACGUGCAGUUCGCCAUCACGGAGAACGGCAAGGACGCCUACAGGAGAAAAGCGGAUAUGGAGAUAUGCCACGAGUUUCUGUCUGACGAGCCAAAAAUCAGUCCGGCCACGUUCUGUCGCGCCUUCCCCUUCCACCUCAUGUUCGGCACGGACCUGCGCAUCCACCAGGCGGGCACUGCCAUCACCAGAGUUAUCCCCCGCGUGGCCCAGGGCUGCAGGAUCACAGACCUCUUCGACAUGAUCAGACCUCACAUGGACUUCGAGUUCUCCCACAUCCUUUCCCACAUCAACACUGUCUUCGUUUUGGCGACUAAGCCCAAUGUGCUGGGAAGUACCAACACGAGGAAGGAGGUUCCAGAAGGCGAAGGAGUGACCUCCCCUCGUCACCAGGCCGACCGCGACGCCUCCGUGAUGCGCCUGAAGGGGCAGAUGAUCCACGUGGUGGAGGCGGACUCCAUCCUCUUCCUGUGUUCGCCCAGCGUCAUGAACCUGGACGACCUGUGUCGGCGAGGUCUCUUCCUCAGCGACAUCCCGCUGCACGACGCCACGCGAGAUCUCGUGCUGCUCUCGGAGCAUUUCGAGGCCGAGUACAAACUGGCGCAGAACCUGGAGAUCUUGACAGAAGAACUGCAGAGGACGUACCGAGAGCUGGAGGACGAGAAGAGAAAAACUGAUAGACUCAUGUACUCCAUCCUGCCCCCCUCCGUGGCAAAUGAGCUACGUCAUCGUCGCCAGGUGCCGGCAAUGAAGUUCAAGAUGGUGACCAUCCUCUUCAGCGGCAUCGUUGGCUUCUCGCAGUUCUGCGCUAAGAACUCAGAAACACACAGCGCUAUGAAGAUCGUGCAGCUGCUGAACACGGUGUACACGGAGUUCGACAAGCUGCUGACACCGGAGAAAAACGCCAACAUUUACAAGGUGGAGACUGUAGGAGACAAGUACAUGGUGGUCAGCGGACUUCCGGUGCCCUGUGAUGAUCACGCUCGCUGCAUCGCACUCCUGGCGCUGGACCUGAUGGACUUCUCCGCCAAGCUCAGAGAUCCCAACGGCGAGCAGAUCAUUAUUACAAUCGGCAUUCAUUCUGGGGAGGUAGUAACUGGUGUCAUUGGAAAGAAGAUGCCUCGCUACUGUCUCUUCGGGAAUACCGUCAAUCUGACCUCAAGAACAGAAACCACAGGGGUCAAAGGAAAGAUUAACGUCUCUGAAUAUGCCUACAAGUGCCUGCAAGAACCUCUCAACUGUGACGACUCCUUUGAGUUCGAGUACCGAGGGGAGGUGGUGAUGAAAGGGAAGAAGGACCCGAUGCAAUGCUGGUUCUUGUCCCGCAAACCCACUCCACCUUCUGCAACCGGCUCUUCCAAGACGUGUGGCGUGUGAUGAUGGUGGUGAUCAGUGAUUCGGGUGCAAAGAACUUUUGUGAAAAUAAUGCCUUUUUUUUUUGAUUAAAGUUUAUUUUUUUUUAUAUUUUUCAAAGCUCCCUCUGCCACAUUUUCCUUUUAUUUUCAUCUUUUCUUUACUUUUUCCAUUAGACUUUGACGACUGUACUUAGGAAUUCAUUAUUUUAGUGAGCUACACAAAAUCUGACUUUAUCGGCAAUUUUGUUUUUUGUUUGGUAGCUUAAACGAAAAUAAAAACGUGAUGACACGUAGAUACCUGAUUAUCUUUUGCGAAAUUGUUUAAAUAAAAAAUAAACCAGUUUGCUAGCAUUUUCAUAUAAAUUUAAAAUAACCGAAACGAAUAUCGAGGAAGCUAUUCUCUGCCUAAGCAUGAACAAGGCGAUAGUUGCUGCCUGCUUACAGAAUCACGUGACUUACUCUUUGACCCGUGGAGAUGCCGUGAGGCUGACUUCCUUCGUACAAAACCAUGACUGUGAUAAUCAUGUCAAGGGAACGAGAGAACCGGACUGAAUUUUGUGGUUACUUUGCCAUUGAUCCCCUUGGAGGUUUUCUUUCAGCAAGUGUUAACCCGUGAGAGUAGCUACCUCGAGGGCCUGGGUGGGAGGGCCAGAAUGACCUAACCGGAAAAUGACUAGCAUCUUUCUUGUCUCUUUUUGAGAGGUAGGGGUGAGAAAUAGCUGGAGAAACUGAAUUUAUCUUUUUAAUCGCUGUAUGUCAGGGGUAAGGAGGGAUUGGUGUUUUUCACCGAAUCAUCUUCCAGGGAUAUAUUACGACAUUGCAGCAAGCCCUGUAAUUAGAUACUACAUGCAGUGGAAAAAAAAAAGUGCCUGAGACGAACUCUGAACCCAGGACAGCCAAUCUUCACUGGACUGGUGACUGGCGCUAACCGUUGCUCCACCUGACCGCCCAGUAGCCGUAUGUAACAGACAACAACAACAACAACAACAACAACAACAACAGCAGCAGCAGCAGCACCGAAGUAAGGUGUUGGCCAGGUCGCUCCACACACGGUUCCAGAGUAAAAGCUCACCUGACGUAAGGGCUUUGGCUGGUUGCUAUGAGACCUGUCUGGAAGGUGCUGGACCAUUCUGGGGUGAAAGCAAUUCCAGAUAAAACGAAGUCUGUCCGUCGUCUGAAAUGUUUUAAUUUCAGCGAGUGCUGGCUCGGAGCCUCGUGGGUCUCUGCCAUCAGAGAAGCUUGGAAGAGAUUUCUUAAAAAAUCUGCAGACGGCUGUUGCUUCUGGCAAACUGGACCUUUUGGCCAGGGUCUCCUUGGUGAUUAACAGCUGUGGUUAACGGCUUUCUGCUGGCUUGAGGCCAUUUUAGGUUCAAGUGGUUAAUUUAUAAACUUCAUAAAUUCAGUAUGAAUUUGUGUCUGUCAAACUUUCGCUUGAACUCUAAUUAAUUAGGAAACAUUAGAAAGUAGCUUUAUCUUUGCUUCUGAGAAAGGUUAAAGGUGCUAGAGGUUACUGAUUCUUGAAAUACAAUCCUUUUCUUGAAAAUCUGAAAUGUUAUCCUUCAAAAAUGGCUGUCUUGGUGUCGAUUACUUCAUUAUAAUAGAGAAAGCCAAGAACAAAGAUGGUGAUAUGUAUGUGAAAACAAGUAACUUAAGUUAUAUUUAAAAAAAACUUUAUUUAUAGCUGCAAAAUUGAAUGUAUCUAAGCAUUUUCUUCUACUAUUAAAUUUUAAAACUGAUUUUGAAGAAGUAUUGAUGAAUACGGUUUGAAAACAAAAUCCUAGCAGUUAGGCUAUAGGGUAUCAGCAUUGUUGAUGUUUGGUUGUUGUCCGUGGUGAUUACACCAUGACCAAUGUGAAUCCCAGUGAUGACUACAAUAACGCUCACCUCACACACCCAACGAUAAUUCGCAAUCAACCGGAAUCCGUCUUCUAAAUGUAUGACUAUCUCACUGUACCCAGGGUGUUUGCUGCUUAAUUUAAUUUAAUUUAAUAAAAUUAUUUAAUCAGGCAAUGAACUUCAGUUACAAUGGAUUGCCAGAACAGAGAUGCGACUGACUGACGGACUGUAAUGCCCUGUAAUGUCGACCAAGCUGCUGAACGUUUCUGCUUUAUAGCAAGAUCUGUCAUUAUCUUGGUCCCCUUCCAUCCUUUUUCUCUAGAAAACGCAAUUUUCGUGUUUUUGGUGUCCAUGAGUUUAUUCAUACACUUUAGCAAGUAUGUCUAGCAGUAGCUUUUCUGCAGUCGUGCAUGGCAAACACUUUAAUUUGUGAUCUUUUCCACCAUGAUUAUAAAGAGUUUUACUUUGAGCCAGUGAUGUUAGAAAAAAAGGAGAAUUACAAUAAGAACUUAGUGAAAAGUACAUACAUAGAAUGAUCUAGUUGUCCUUGUUUGGAAUAUAAUUUAGUAACUUAUACUAAACUUUAUCUUGCAACACUUAAUGUGGAAAGCGAAUGCAAUGUUUAAAGUUAACUUAAUUUGUAAUCAUGUGCUGUACUCUUUGUGUGUCUAUAUGUAAUGUAUCCUCAAAGAACCAAACCCGGAGGCUGUGAUGUCUUGAUCAGGAACCAUGUUGUCCUCAAAAUCCUUUACUACUUAAGAGAGGAUAUUCGAUGUUGAAAUUCAGUUUCAAAACCAAAUAAUGGUCGAAAAAACUUCGUGAAAAGAGCAAAUAUUUUUAUUUGCAUAAUAACAGACAGCGAUGUUGUUUGCCCAUGCUAAAUCGGGGUGAUCAAAUUAAAAAAAAUAUUUAUAACUAUG